GCGUGAGCCACGCGCUCAGCUGAAUGUUGAAGAGGUUACAGGGAGCGCGGCGUCACUGUGGGAACCAAGAGGCUGAUCUUCUGUCACAGGAGGUUUAAGUGAGUCGUAGUGCUGUCUCUCUCAGUCUCUCAGAAGGCACCACUCUGUUCUGAGCUCCACAAACGGACUCUGUACGUUUUUGAUCCUAUUUCUCGCUCACCGCCGCGCAUUCUGGCCGUCAGCAGCGCAUGGUGUUCGGCACUGCGGCUGUGCGCGCGCGGCUCCGACGGGGACGCUCUCACCGGUGCGCUCAUGGAGGGACAGGGACAGAUCAGUCGCUGUAAGAUCGUGGUGGUCGGGGACACUCAGUGCGGCAAAACGGCACUGCUGCACGUGUUCGCCAAAGACAGCUAUCCUGAGAGCUAUGUGCCCACAGUGUUUGAAAACUACACUGCAAGCUUUGAGAUUGACAAACACCGGAUUGAGCUGAACAUGUGGGACACAUCAGGCUCUUCAUACUACGAUAAUGUGCGGCCGCUGGCGUACCCAGACUCUGAUGCGGUGCUUAUUUGUUUCGACAUCAGCAGGCCUGAGACUCUGGACAGUGUUACAAAGAAGUGGCAGACUGAGGCUCAGGAGUACUGUCCCAAUGCUAAGCUAGUGCUAGUGGGCUGUAAGCUCGACAUGAGGACGGACGUCAGCACCUUGCGAGAACUGUCCAAACAGCGCCUGAUACCCAUCACACACGAACAGGGCAGUCUGAGGGCACGAGACCUUGGCGCUGUGGCGUACGCCGAGUGUUCAUCUCGUACGUGCGUAAACAGCGUGCGAGACGUCUUUCACAUCACCACUCUCGCCUCCGUCAGGCGUCCCGGCCUCAAACGCAGCUCCUCUCGCCGCACCCUCAAGCGCAUAUCCCAUCAGCCCCUGCUGCCGAUUAACUCCCGCACCACACCCCUCGAACCCUCCCCUACACUCAGGAAGGACAGAGCCAAGAGCUGCAACGUCAUGUAGAAAUAAAUGCAGCAAACCCAAAAACAAAUAAACACAGCUGUGUCCUGUCCUUCUAAUCUGGAUUUCUCACAGCUGUGGUCUGUUAUGAAAUUACAAUUCUAUGCUUCUGUGCUGUACAAAUGUGCUAAAGAAUGCAAGGCAGGACUACUUACUAACCAGUCGUUGUUAAUUAUUUUGUCACUAAAAGGAAAAACGAAUAGAGAUUUUAUGGGAUUAUAUGUAUGAGCAAGAUUUUAUUUUUCAUCUUUGAUUGAAGCUACUUGUGUUUUAUAUCAGUGGUACAGCCUCUCAGAUGUCCCAGUGUCAUAUGUAGAGUUAACUUGCACAUGUCUGAAUCACUACAAUUCUUAGUAACUCCGUUAUUCACCACAGUAACUCUAAUGGGAAUUGGCUGUCACAGGUGAUAGAGCUUCACUCGUACGGAAUUAUGCACUCCAGAAAACGACACUGGGUCAGAAUGCCAAAAAGGUCAUUUUAUUUCUGCACUUGAAGCCACAUGAUGAAGGACCUGAAGAAAACUGGCUGACAAAGUAAGAUAGACGUGUAAUCACAGAACUACUGAUGCCUGGAGCAGCCCUGAAGCCUAAUCAUGCCAUGAGAUUAACUCACUGACUCGUUUCAGACUCUAAAAUGGACAAUGCAGCUGAAGACUUUAAAGUUAUAAGGCCACACAAGCAUUAAGACUGACAUAGCCAACAUGACUUUCUAUUCAUCCUGUCUUAAACCUCUCUAUGGUUUUGCUUAAGAUGAGCUCACACUAAUUUUAUAUUUCUGCCCACAAUAAACUCUUUCAAGAGAGAGAGAAAAAAGUCAAGAAAAAGUGAUGCUGUUUCAUUCUGUGCUCAUUCACGCAAACAACAAAGGCUGGUUAUAGGCAACCGGGCGGCCGUUUCCACAGUAACUGCCUCCCGCCUACCGUUGUGAUGUCACAGCGGAACUGAGCUGUUGCCGUGGUUUCCGGCUCCUCCACACAACAUCUUGUUUAAGCUAAUGAACGGCAAUGCAGUAAUGUGCGCACACACUGUACACUGCAAGUCAGAUGUUUGGCCAUCCAUAGCACUUUGCAAUUAUUUGACGUGGGACCCAUUGAGUCAUACAUUAUAGCAUUGCAGUGUACAUCAUCACAUAAUCAACAAGUGCUUCACCCACAGCCAAGCUCAUACAAUACACCUAUAUAUUUAUUUAUUUUUUUUUACAAUUGGCUGAUUCACAACAGAUAAAAGAUGAUGGAAGGAAACUAUUAAACUGAUAAAAACUUUUCACAUCACAUAACUACAAAAAUGACAGCCAUGAUAAUGACAACCAUGAUACUAUCGAUGGAUGCCGUAGCUUAGUAGCUACGGUGUUGAACCACUGCUUGUAGGGUUGUGAGUUUGAAUCCUAGGUCCACCAAGGGUCCACUGCUGUCCACUGGUCCUUGACCCUCAAUUGUUCAGUUGUAUGAAAAUGAGAUAAAAUGUAAAAUUGCUCUGGAUUAAUGUUGUAAAUGUAACUCUUAAAUAUAGUCAAAUAUAUAUAUGGUAUUUCUAAUGAUAAAA